CCUUUAUUUUCCUUUAUUUUUUUUUUUUUUUUCCUUCUUCCUUAUCUUUCCGAGUGAGGGUUACCUGAACAAACUCCACGAUGAGUACGACCGCUCCGCAAGUCCAAACGAAGCAUGGCAUCGUUAAACAGGUCAAUUCGGGUGAUUCUAUCAUCAUUCGAGGCCAACCAAAAGGUGGACCACCUCCUGAAAAGCAGUUGAUUCUUUCCAAUGUGACUGCACCGAAAUUAGCUCGACGAGCGUACAGCAAUUCCGAGGAAACUAAAGACGAACCUUACGCUUGGGAGGCCAGAGAAUUCCUGCGCAAAAAGCUAAUUGGACAAGAAGUAAUAUUCACAUCUGAAAAACCUCCAAACGCUACCAGGGAAUAUGGCGUUGUGUGGCUGGGAAAAGACACAACCACUGGUGAGAACAUUACUGAAUCCCUGGUAUCUGAGGGUUUGGUUACAGUUAGAAGAGAAGGCGUUCGUAACAUAACGCCUGAAUUAGCUCGCUUACAUGAAUUGGAAGAUGCUGCGAAGGCAGCGGGAAAGGGAAAAUGGGCCGGAACCCCUUCGUCUGAGCACGUUAGGGACAUCAAGUGGAACAUCGAAAAUCCUCGUAGUUUAGUAGAUAAACUGGGCGGCAAACCAGUUAAGGCUGUUAUUGAACAUGUGAGAGACGGUUCGACCGUGCGUGCAUUUUUGAUACCUGACUUUUACCACAUAACUUUGAUGAUCUCUGGAAUAAGAUGCCCUGGAUUCAAGCUUGAAGAAGGAAAACCUGUUCAUUCCGUCGUUGUACCUUUUGCUGAAGAAGCUCGCUACUUUGUUGAAUCUCGGCUAUUGCAGAGGGACAUAGAAAUUGUACUGGAAUCGGUUAAUAACAACAAUUUCGUUGGCAGUAUUCUUCAUCCAAAAGGAAACAUUGCCGAAGCUUUGUUGCGCGAAGGAUUUGCACGUUGCGUCGAUUGGUCAAUGGCAUUUAUGAAGUCUGGCGCGGACAAGUUGUACCAGGCUGAAAAAAGUGCAAAAGAAAAUAGAUUGCGUAUUUGGAAAGACUACGUUCCAUCUGGUCCCCAGAUAUCUGGCAAAGAGCGAGAGUAUACAGCUACAGUUGUAGAAAUUGCCGCCGGAGAUGCAUUGAUCGUUAAGACACCGUGCGGAACUACCAAGAAGGUCUUUUUGAGUAGUAUUCGUCCUCCGCGAGGACCUGUUGGCGAAGAUGGAAAGGCCGCCUCUAGACCGAAAGAUUUCCGCCAGCUUUACGACAUACCGUGGAUGUUUGAGGCCCGUGAAUUCCUCCGCAAGAAACUUAUCGGCAAGCAAGUCAAAGUCGUUGUAGACUACAUACAACCUGCCAGGGAAAGUUACCCUGAAAAGAUUUGUUGUACUAUCACCAUCGGCAAAAUCAAUGUUGCUGAAGCGAUGGUAUCGAAGGGACUGGCAACAGUUUUGAGGUACAGACAAGAUGACGAUCAGCGAUCAUCCCAUUACAAUGACCUUCUAGCCGCAGAGAGUAAAGCCAUUAAAUCGCUGGCCGGAGUUCAUGGUAAAGAGAAAAUUCUAGCGCAUCGAAUCACGGAUGUUGCCGGAGAUGUAAUCAAGGCCAAACGUUAUCUGCCCCACUUGCAACGCUCGCGUAACGAAGCCAUUGUAGAGUUUGUAACCAGUGGAUCCAGGCUGAGAUUAUACUUAGGCAAGGAAUCGUGCCUGAUAACUUUCCUGUUGGCGGGUAUAAACGCACCACGUGGACCACGCCCAGCUCCUGGAGGCGGUAGCAUCAUCGAAGGUGCGCCAUUUGGCGAGGAAGCCCUGAACUUCACCAAGGAACGAUGCCUGCAACGCGAAGUUGAGAUUCAAGUAAUAUCGAUGGAUGCGAAGGGAGGUAAUUUCAUUGGUUGGCUAUGGAUAGAAGGAAUCAACUUGUCCGUGGCUCUUGUCAAAGCAGGUCUUGCGUCUGUACAUCCGACAGCGGAGCACACAGAAUUUUACAGAGAAUUGAUCACUGCCGAAGAACGUGCCAAGGAAGCACAACUUAAGAUAUGGAAAGACUACGUCGAGGCUGAGGUGGAGACAGAAAAGCCUGAAGAGGAGGUACAAACUGGCGAAAGGAAAGUAGACUACCAGAAAGUUGUUGUGACUGAAGUGACUGAAGAACUUCACUUUUUCGCCCAAAAUGUUGAUCAAGGCGAUGUUUUAGAAGGCCUGCUAUCUCGCCUGCGUCAGGAAUUGGUGGCAAAUCCCCCACUUCCUGGUGCUUACAAUCCUAAACGAGGCGAUCUCGCUGUUGCCAAGUUUACAGAAGAUGAUCAAUGGUAUCGUGUCAAAGUUGAAAAAGUUUCUGGGCCAAACAUCAGUGUUUUUUACGUCGACUAUGGUAACAGGGAGACAUUGAAUGUAACCAGAGUCGCUGCCAUGCCAGGAUCCUUUGCUACUGAUAAGCCUUACGCUACAGAAUAUGUAUUGGCCUACGUCACUCUACCCAACGAUAACGACUACAAAAAACUGGCGAUCGAAAUGCUACAGCAAGAUACAGUAGGGAAACCUUUGCUACUCAAUAUUGAAUACAAAAUCAACAAUCUUGCUGCUGCCACCUUAUUUGACGCUACUACUAAAGAAGACGUAGCGCGAGGUCUUAUCCUCGAUGGUUUUUUGCUGGUCGAAAAUCGUCGUGAAAAGAGGCUUGCUAAAUUUAUUGCGGACUAUCAAGCUGCUCAGCAGGACGCAAAGAAGAGUCACCGUAAUAUAUGGGAAUACGGAGAUAUUACUGAGGAUGACGCUAGGGAGUUCGGUGUUGGUCGUUAAUUAACUUUGCUCAGAAGAUUGUACAUGGAAAAACAACUAAGAAAGAGAUGAAUGUCGACGGAAGAGAAUAUAUAACAUUGGCAUAAUAAAUACAUAAAUACAGUUCUGGUACAUUAUGUAUGUACGUUUACAAGUAAGCAUGUGUGACAGUGUAGGACUUGUGUGUUCUGUCGGUUGUGAUUCAAUCAUAAUUUGAAUAAUAUAAAAAACGAAAAGUAUAAAUUAUAAAAUAUAAAUAUUAUUUCACAAGCAAAGGUGAAUAGCGCUAAAUGGAUAAAGGAAAGACAAGAAAGGGUGCCAAUUACCUUUGCCCCUUAUAAAUAUAUAUAUAUUAUAUAUAUUAUCUACCCUAUCUAAUGAGACUGUGUUGCCAUUGACGUAACGUAUUUCCACUUAUUAUUAUGUCAAACAUACGUUUUGCAUGUUUUAUUAUCAUCCCGAAAAGCCAAAUCGUUCGUGGCUUAGUAACUAUGAUGUUUACACAAUUAUAGAAGUAUAUUUAAUAAUUAAAUUGCCACCGAAGAGUGGAGAGCGGGCAUGGAUGCUGGGUGUGAUUGGACUAAUAGAGACCUUAGAGUCGAUAAUCAAGUCAAUGCGUAUAUAGUUAAAAGUGUUUCGAAAAAAUCCAUCAUUUAUUUCUUUUAUCUGACCUACCAUCGCUUUUAAUUUGUUGCUGCUCAUCUUUGAACCUCUCCCCCAAAAUCUGAACUUCGGAAUAAUGUGCUGAGAUGCAUCUUAAUUCCCGUUCGAAAAACACAUGAAUUUUUAUAUUUCUUUGGGAUCCC